AUGCGCUACCUACGGUUAUUCCUACCCUUCCUACUUGCAGCGCUAAAAACAGCCGGAGUGGUGGGUUUCGGCUUCAGCGACGGCAGCGGUCACGGAAAUGGAUAUGUCCAAGAGUCAGCUGGCGGCCUCCUCGUUAAUUUGCACGACCAGGCUGAGCGUGAACGCAUCAAUGCCGAAAUGGAGGCCAUCACAGUCACUUAUGGGGAAGAUAUAGAACAGCUCUUUACAUACUUCAAGUCUAAAGAUGGACAAAGUUCUCUUAAUAUGUCCUGCGGCAAAUCUGCUCUCGUUUUUGAACAGAAGGGGUCUCUCCACUCCGUCAGGUGCAAUUUAACCUACGAUCUCCAGCGUUCCAUCGCGCUCUCAUUUGAAAUUGACUACCCACCAGUGGCCUACCUAGCUCCUGCGUUCUGGCUACACCUACAGUCCACAGCCUCCUCCGGACCACAAACCAUCCACCUGAAUCUCACCAUCCAGGGAGUUCGGAUGGGUGUUGCCUAUCUGCGAAUUUGGGCUCGCGAAGCUAUCGAGAAGGAGAAGAGUGGAGCCGGUGUUUAUGUGUGGAGCCGGUCGGAUCCUUUGCUCGUGGAGGCCUACUUGUCGAGGCUGGCGAACAGAAGUGAGGUGGACGGCGACAGCUCUGUGAUGGGACUUCCUGUUAAAAUUUUGCGGCCACGAGGCCCACUUGAGAUGGCCUUCAACGCUGUGGUAGCUUGUAUGGUUAUUGCAAUUACCUGUGUUAUGGGAUGUGAGCUAGAUCCGCGGCUGAUAUGGCGGCAUUUGAAGAAACCAAUGGGUCCGUUCAUUGGUUUUUGCUGUCAGUUUGGAAUCAUGCCACUGGUAAGUAUCGCUGUCUGA